CUGGCUCAUCACUCACGCGAGUUCGCCAUGUGGAGAUUGUUGCUGCUGCCGCACCUGGUGCUCAGCCAGGUGUUAUACGAUGCGUACUUCGGCAAGCCAAUCACUAACGAGAGGAACAGCACGCUUGCUGCCCUUAAUAUUACUGGACCGUGUACAAUAAGCGUGGAACCAUGCAGGGAGCACGAGGGUCGUCGAGUAGAUGGAACCUGCGUCAAUCCGAAAUACCCAUCGAGGAAUGGAUCUCCAACCCCACUGCUUCGAAUGCUACCAGCUAGGUUUGGACUCGGCAAUACACUAAAACCCGCCAUGAAUGGAUCCAUGCUGCCUUCAGCUCGUCUACUACGCACCAAGAUACUGAGCGAUGGCUUCCCUGAAGACCAUGACUUCAAUACGCUGGCCACGCAUAUAUUUGUGUUUUCUAUCGUGGACUCAGUGGACUUGACUGUAUUAUUGCGUUACGCUGUCGUCAGCGAUUGCUGCCUAGGCAACACUCCCAACCGUGUGGACCCCACUUGCAUCCCAAUCCCGGUGCCGCAGGACGACCCGUAUCUGCGCCGCACUGGCAUCCGCUGCAUGAACCUCACCAGGUUCACUACCUUUCAAGAACUGGGUUGCAUCCCGCACAGCCUGCCCGCUGAGCGAUACGCUCUCCCAACUCCCCUGGAAGAUCUCUCUAUAGUCUACGGAUACACAAGCACAAGGGAGCGUCAGAUCAGAACAUACGAAGGUGGACUAUUGAAAUCAGAUUUUAGAGACGGCCUGGAGCGACCUCCGGGCACGGCGCUAUCCUGCGCCAACAACAGGAGACCCAUCGAAAACGCUUGCUAUGAAUUUGGUGACUCAUACGACGGGAACGUCCUUUCUGGCAUCUACCUGACCGCGACUUGGUUCUACCGAGAGCACAACCGUCUAGCGAGAAGACUGGCUGAGAUCAACCCGUGUUGGGGCGACCAGAAGCUGUUCGAGACCGCGCGGCAGAUCAACAUCGCGCAGUGGCAGUACAUGCUUUAUUAUGAGCUGAUGGCCGACAUUUUAGGUAAAAAGAACGCCCUGGCAACUGGCAUUAUAUAUGACACACAUGACUAUGUGAAUGACUUCGAUGCGCGGUACAAGCCGGGAGUGUACCACGAGUACGUUGUUGGCGCCAGAUGGUUCCACACAUUCCAGGACGGGAGGACUGAUUUGUACAGCCGAAGCGGUCAGUACCUCGGCACGCGGACUACCGUGGACGAUGAGCUUCGGAGCGGGAUACUCGAAGUGAACAACACCGAGUCGGACUUGACACAAGGCUCCUUUAGACAGCCCGCCGCCAAGUUCGACUAUGUUAUAGAACCAGAUUUAGCAGAGCGUGUGCUAGGCGAGCUGCAGGCUGCGUCGGAUCUCAGCGCCAUCGACAUCAUGAGGGGCCGCGACGAGGGUCUGCCGCCAUACAACGAGUACCGAAAAAUCUGCGGCCUGCCCUACGCGCACAAGUUCUCUGAUCUAAAAGAUACCAUAUACCCUGAUAAACUAGAGCAACUUCGUCGCAUAUAUGACGAUGAGGUGGACGACAUGGAGCUUAUGGUGGCGAUAUACAGCGAAAAGCUGAUCGAGGGCGGCUGGGUGGGACCCACUUUGUUCUGCAUCAUGGCCAGGAAUCUGGUGCAGUGGAGGAAAUCGGACAGAUUCUUCUUCGAGCACGGAGAUACACCAACCGCGUUGACCUUGCCUCAACUGAAUGAAGUGAGGUCGACCAGCGUCGCAAGACUCCUUUGCGAUAACGGCGACAGAGUGGAAAUGAUACAACCCAGAGCUCUUCGUAACGUGGGCAAGGGGAAUGAGCUGGUCUCGUGCAAGCACAUCCCUGGUAUGGACCUGUCGAAAUGGCAAGAUCAGAAAUGUCAUCAUGAUGCCAAACAACAUGCAUACAAUGACGUCUGGGAGAGCGGCGGCGAAUGGCCUGGUUACAACAAGAAAUAAAUUAACAGUUCACAUAUAGAUGUAGGCUAGAAAACUAUCUCUCUAUAUAUCCUUACCUUACUUUAAAAUAUGGUAAAUUUUUGUUAAGCAUGUUGAAGGUGGGAAAUUUUAGUUUUUGCGCCCAUCCACCUAUCUCAGAUGGACGACUGGAUACCGUGCGAAUAAAAAAACCCUUACAGUAAGUGCUCGCUGUGUAAUUCUAUUGUAAUUGCCCAUCUCAAAUCCAAUUAACCGUGUUAUUACCCAUUUCAAAUAUCUUCCAUGCUUCUUUUUAAAACCGUGUCGUAUGUGAAUUGUCAAUGCAAUAAAAUAUUAUAAUAUGUACGUA